UCACUGUUUAAAUAGUCAAUGAUCGUAUUAUUCCACACGAUUCGCCCGUGAAAAGUUCCAUUACAUUAGCGAUAGCCUUGCAACAGGUCGCGUAGUAUCGUCAUCAUUCAGCUACCAUUAUCGUGCAACGUGAACUUUUCCCUGUUUUCACAGUUAACGUUACUAUUCCCAGCACGUGUUUCAAUGUCACGGUUAUAUCUUGUCAAUUAAAAACGUCACAGUCCAUUAUCCUGUGACGAUUAAUUAGAUUAUCGAUUACAUCGAAUCGAUGAAUUUCAGCUACAUCUAUGGAACUGGAUUACAUGGAGAAAACAGCUGAUUAAGAGCAGUCCCGUUUUUACGACAAGCUAACCCUCCUUAUCCGUUCCAUAAUCAAUUUCUGAGAAUAUGUUCAUUUCUUAUCUGCCGAUGACACAUUAAUCAUGAAUUAAUCAUUAAACGGAAGUCAAUGUUAAUACCUUAUCAACGAAUGGCACUGUUUCAAAUGAAUUUGAUUAGCGUUACGAAUAGCGUAAAGAUACGUCAAAUUAAUAUUAAUUUUCAAAUGAUAUUGCAACUCAGUCACUGUUGGAUUAAGCGGAGGUCUAAGGAUGUUAUAGCCCUAGGCCCUGUUAUGGUUUUUUUAAGACUAAAUUGCAAUUAUCGAUCAAAGGACCUUCGAAAGUAUGAUAGUUCUCGGCUUCAGAAAUCUUAAUCUGGGUCUGAACUCACCUGUGUGUACAUAUCUAUACGUCUCUUAUUCUUAUAUCGAAAAGUGUUGCCGUAUCAUUUCAACAGACCCAAUUAACGAAAAUGAUUACAAUUAAUCAAAAUCAUCAAAACCAAAUAUUAUCAUGAUUAAAAAAAACAAGAAAUACAUGCUGUUUGACACUUUUCGCGCAUAUUCAUGUCACUGGGACAGACAAGCUUUUACGACCCCAUCGCAGACUCAAGUCACGAAGUUCAAGUUCCCAAAAACUGAAUCGCGCGAUUCGAAAAUCGACAUUCGGGCGGAAAGAAAAGAAAAGGAAAAAAAAAAGAAUAGUUCUGGGAACAAUAGUAAAAAGACGGUGUGUCAUUAUCGCCUCGCUAUCUCGAUGGAGGUAUUCGAAACAUUGUGAAUCUCGCGCAGAAGCAGUGGAGAGGCCGGGGCUAUGCGCGAGAGCGCCAGUUCGUGAUAUCAGACGAAGGACGUAGGUGGUGGAGGAGCCGCGUCGAAUCCAUCGGAUUUAGUUAAUGUCCAGCGGUCCGUGGACGCGAAUGUAACACCGGCUGUCGAGCCAGCCAUGACAGAGAAUUUUAUACGCGUUUGAAUUUAUCGAACUUAUCCUUCAUCCUACAUCCCAUCAUCCGACGGACCUCAAAGAGAGACCCGAAAUCCUUGAUCGAUACAACUUUGUUUUUGCUCAUACCACGUUUUUACCAUUUUUUGUAUUCUACGUAAAAUCAUUCGAAGGUGAUUAUCUUUCAUUUUCACGAUCGUUCGUUAAGAAGGUAUCGAUUUUUUUGGGGGGUGAAAAUUUGAUAACUCGCGUCAGCUGAACGUAACGGAACAGUUUGGAGAGUUCAAGUUAGGUGAACAGAGCGUAGUCACGAAAGCCACGUGGACUCGGCUAAACAAUUUUGAUCGCCGAGUUUCUAUCGCGCGAAUCACCGAUCUUCAGGGGUUAGUGAACGAUAACGUCACUUUAUGCGACACGGUGAAGGCAGGAUCUGCUUCGCGAUCGAGAGACCCGUGUCUCUCGUUUAUCGAUUUACCAAUCGACGUGAUCGUCGUUCGUCUCCUUCAGGGGAUCAAAAGAAACGAAGAACAACCGAAGAGAAUAUUGCGAAAGGGUUUGAAGUGGUAGUCGGUGGGGUUAGCAUUGAAAGUAUUAAAUAAUUAAUUCGAGUCAAUCGCUUCAGCGUUCGCUGAGCUUUUCUUAUAAAUUAUGGAUCAAGGACAAGACACGAAAAUGGUGAAAAGCACGGCUGACUACGCAAAGGCCAUAGAAAGUGGCGUUCAACCGAAUCAGGUCCUCGAGACGAAGGUUUACAAGCGACGAUGGCUGAUCCUAAUAAUCUUCGUACUGUACAGUUCCAGCAACGCUAUGCAUUGGAUCCAGUACAGUAUCAUAGCAAAUAUCAUAAUGGCGUAUUACAGCGUGUCCAGUUUCUCAGUGGACAUGACCAGUAUGAUAUACAUGAUCACGUACAUUCCUUUCAUCUUCCCAGCUAGCUAUCUGCUCGACAGAUUCGGUCUAAGGUUUACUGCAAUAGCAGGAGCAACUGGUACAGUACUUGGAUCCUGGAUCAAAGUGUGCAGCGUUAAUCCAAAUUAUUUUUGGAUGACUUUCGUCGGGCAAUUUGUGGUCGCGUUAAGUCAAACCUUCAUCCUAUCAGUUCCAGCACGUUUGGCUGCUGUUUGGUUUGGUCCGGAUCAAGUGAGCAGUGCAUGCAGCAUCGGUGUUUUCGGGAAUCAGCUGGGAAUAGCCAUGGGCUUUCUGUUUCCACCGAUGCUGGUCCCAAACAGCGUCGAUCACAAUGUGAUUGGACGUGGCUUGCAAAUCAUGUUCUACAUUGUGGCUAUUUUUGCCACGACCAUUUUAAUCCUUAUACUUAUAUUUUUCAAAGCUGAACCACCUAUGCCUCCUAGUCCAGCCCAGGCAGUGCAGAGAGAAACAGAAUCUACAGGAACCUUCUUGGAAUCUGUUAAAAAGCUAGUCACUAACGUUGGUUACUUGUUGCUGUUGUUCAGCUAUGGUAUCAAUAUUGGAGUUUUCUAUGCCAUUAGCACUCUUCUCAAUCAGAUAGUGCUUGAACAUUUCCCACAUCAUGAAAAAGAUGCUGGAAGGAUUGGUUUAACUAUAAUUUGUGCUGGAAUGUUGGGCUCUGUGGUGUGUGGUAUUGUUUUGGAUAAAGCACACAAAUUCAAGGAGACAACAUUGGGAGUAUAUCUUUUUUCUUUCCUUGGAAUGAUUAUAUUCACGUUCACUCUAGACAGUGGUCGAAUAUACGUCACUUACAUAACAGCUGGCCUGUUGGGAUUCUUCAUGACUGGUUAUUUACCAGUGGGCUUCGAAUUCGCUGCGGAGUUGACAUACCCGGAACCGGAAGGAACGUCCGCUGGUUUACUAAACGCAGUUUGUCAAGUGUUUGGUAUCACCUUCACGAGCCUCUACGGUUGCGCCCUGAACGCUUGGGGUAAUUUCUGGGCGAAUAUUGGCCUUUGCAUCACGCUCGCCGUCGGUUGCUUCAUCACAACCAUCAUUCCUAAUGAUCUUCGAAGGCAGAAAGCCAAGUUUUAAGCGUCGUUCUUCCGUUUAUGAUCCGACAUACAAAUUAAGAAGAAUCAUCUCUUUGUAGUCUCCGCAAAAGACCUUCUGAGUGGAAGGAUAAGUAAAUUGCAAAAGGUAAAAAGAAAGGUGAACCAUUAAAUUCAAGAUAAUUAGAUUACUAAUGGAAAGAAUAUUUUCUGAGAAAGUCCGAUGAGUUCUUUUGGACUUCGUAGCCAUUUUUUUCGUUGCUAUUAUAGUGAAGAUUCGUUCAUGUCGUGUUCGUGUCGCGACUCGUGUAGAAUAGUUAGAUAAGUAGAUAACGUUGGGCAUGGUUCGAGAUCUGAAUUUCAGUUGGAAUAUUCCACGAGGCUACUAUAUUUUCGAAUGAUACUUCCACUAGGAAUCAUUAAAUCUCUGACGUCACAGAACGUAUCGUUAUUAAAUCAUUCAAACUGUAAUGAGUCUGCAACAUUGUGGAAGGUUUCCAUAGCGUUCAGAUAUCACCUGUACAUUCCAGUGUCGCGUUUAGAGCGCAGAAAAAUAGAACACUAAGGAAAUUUAAGGUUUUAAGGCUAAGAAAAUUUCGUUCCAGUAUUCAUGUAGUCAAAGGAUUCAGAGAAGAAGCGAAACAUCUGUAGUCACUUGUUUCCUGUAAAUAUCAGUAUUAUAGUCUCCUUAGACCCUGAUGAUUUAUUUAGCAAAUUGUCCAACACAGGAACGCGUUUAGACACUGCUUUUACACUCUAAGGACUCGAACAAUGCGACUCCAGAUAAAAGGACCUCAGGUUCUCGAAGUUGCCGUUAAGAAUGAAAGUCAGUCUGCGAUGAAGAAGUCAGAAUGCGCUUAGAAUAGUCUUAGGAAUAGUCUUUUACGAGCGCCAAGAUGCGACAGAAACGGUGAUAUCGACAAUAAUAAUACUUUUAGCGGUUAGAACCUCUCCAAGAUGCUGUGCAUCCGUUUAACUGAUUCUCGUUACCUGUACGUGUUGUAAAUUCUAGAUGAUAAUCUUUCCUGUCCGAUCUUCAGCGAAUGAAAUGAUGCUCAGAGAGCUGAAGAUUAUGGUGCUCAAUGAGUACAAGCCUAAGAAACGAUUAUGCUUCCUUGUUAGUUUAAUUUAUCAUAAAUUUCAUGAAAGAUUUAAACGAGUAUUGUAAGGAUAGAUAGAGGAAGAAUGUUUAAAAUUUAUCUUUGUGGAUUUUAUUCGUUCAAACUGAUAGAUACAAAGAUUGUUGUUUGUGAUAUUUAAAACCAACGCCAUAAUCUCGAAGUUCGUGUCGCUUUUACUGUAAACGAGCGGCACUAUCUCAAUGGUCUUUCAAUAAAAUAAGAUUGUAUAAAGGAAAAUUGAAGAAAACUAUAUUUUGAUGAAGAAUUUGUAGCAAUUUGGCGAUUCAGGAAUGCGUGAGAUAGGCAAAGCAUUAAAUUUACGAGCUAAGGAUAAAGGCAGUACUGGAUUAAAAAUUGAAAUAUAUUUUUUAGAUAAAAUUAAAUAACAUUUAAUCGUAAAGAAAACGGGCAAGAGUCCAGAGAAAUUUCAUUCGACAAUGGAAGGCUUAUAACGGGGCCGCCCUGGAAAGUGGGGCUCGAUAGAAAUUAGGGAAGAGUAAUUUAGUAAAGCUGUUGAACGCAGAAAAUAGACCUUUCAUUCGUUUUUAUUAAAAUCUAUUAGUUCUACAUGUGAAACUGUUUCUGAGAACACAGGCAAUAAUUGUUCACUUUGAAUAUUUUACAACGAACGAUUGCGUUAAUGAAACGAUAAUAUCAUUUCUACCUACAAAAUGAGUAUUAAUGAACAAUGUGGAUAUUUGAAAUUAUUGAUAUACGUACAUACUAUUUUUAUAGCAACUACCAUUUAAAUAUCUAAGCGAAUUAAUAUGAUUCCGUUAUUCUCCUAGAUCAUUGCAAGCUUCCAAAGAAAAGUUUUAGCGCGGUUAGUCAAUAAGAAGGGAGACGGGAUGCAAUCUGAGCUACAAUGUUGAAUGUUUUAAAAAUGUAGAUAUAUAAAUUAUAAAAUGAACGUGUAUGUUACGCCGAAAGCGAUAUAUUUCCAUAUACAAUGUUAAAGCAUAUCUUUCGAAACCAUAUCGAAAAUUUUAAAUGUCGUUGAACCAUGUUGUACGAAAUAAUGAAAGUCUAGUUUUAUGAAAACGAUAGUUACCAUUUUUCGAUGUAACGUAAAGACAAUAUAUAAACUGUUAACCCUCGUUAAAUUUACAUUGUAAAAUAAUCUGUUAAAAAGAUUUAACAGAUAAAUUAAUUAAAACUUGAAUACAUAACUUUAAUUUCGACGGAAUAAUUGCAUUAAGAAUUCAAAAUGGAAAGGAAAAAUAUAGCAGAUUAUUUUACAAUGAUGUGUAAUUAAGUUUGCUGUAUCAGCAAUAUUUUUUUAUUGAAACGUAAACACGCUGAAAUUUCUUCUAUUUUGUUAAAGAGAAAUUAUAAGUAACUCUGCAAUUUCUCCUUUAUUCUGUCCUUUUAUUGUUCAAGCAGUACAUAGUUUUUUACUUCGACAUCGAUCGAUACAUUUUUGUAAUAAUUUACACAUGAAAAGGAGAGGAUAAAGCUAAAAUUAAGAAGUCAUUUUUGUGAUGUGUAUUCUUCAGUGACGCGUUUACGUUCAUCUUGUAAAUAAAUAAAUUUUCUCCAUCGGACCCGGAGACUCAACUUUGCGCAAAAAUCCAUUUAACGUGUGGUCAACAGAAAAAAAGUAUCUGUGAUUGUUGACAAUAUCCGCUGUUUCAUUAACGUCUGAACGUAUAAAACAAUAAAAAUCUUUGAAGAUUAUAAAGACAAA